AUUGGAAGUGAAUGAAAUAAAAGUAAAAGUGAUUUACGUAAACCUUCCAGAAAUCAAGACUAUGAUACAAUGACAAGCCUAAAAGUUAAGGAAUGGAUUCUAAAAGAAUAUUAUUGUGGUUUACUCUCUUGAUAUCACAAUCUUCAAUUAGUCUGGGGACAUUAUGUCCUGCGCCAGACAGCAUCCUACCAUGUAUUUGUACAAGUAGAAACGAAGAUCUUCAAAUAUGGUGCACGCACAGCGACUUAAUACAAGUGAUGAAGGGUAUUCAGAAAGUGGGUCAAAUAAUAAAAAAACCAAUAGACGAGUUGAUAGUAGAAAAUAACUACCUUCCUUCACUACCUGGAAAAGUGUUUCAAAAUGUAAAUAUUGCUAGAUUAAUGUUGAGACAUAAUGGGAUAGAGAGAGUUUCGGCAGCGUGGCUUGAAACACAGGAAAAUAAUAUAGUUGAGAUAUUUAUCGUAGAAAAUGAUUUAAAGAGCCUACCAGCGGAAAGUUUAACAAAGCUUAAAAAUUUACAAGCUAUCACCAUUCAAUCGCAAAGUCUUAAAAGAAUAUCCACUUUGAUAAAUUUGGACAGAUUGCGAUAUAUUAAUAUUCAGUCAGAAAGUUUAAGCAGUAUUAAAGAACAUACAUUUGAAAAAUUACCUAGUUUGGAUAAACUUUUCAUUGAAGGGAGCUCUAAUCUGAACAGUCUUAAAGAAAAUGCCUUUUAUGAUUUACCCAAACUCACGAAGCUUGAAAUUAAAAAUUGUGGUAUUACAAAUAUACACAUGCGAGCUCUUUCGCUAUUGCCGGUAUUGAAUGAAUUAUCUUUUAGUAAUAAUUUUAUUUCUGACGCUACUAUGGUUGGUAGAGCAACAAGAGACUUGCCAAUGCUUUCUGUGUUAAACUUAAGCUACAACUAUAUUACUAAAUUAAGUGAGGGUGCCUUCGUUGAUCAACCCAUGUUGGAAAUCUUAUUAUUAUCCCACAAUAAUAUAAAUAUCAUACACCAUGGAGCCUUUCACCGUGUUCCUAAAUUGAGAAUAGUGGAUUUAAACUACAAUGAAAUAAUCAGAAUUCAUCCUGAAUCUUUUCUACAACCAUCUGGAAGUGGAGUAGAAGAAUUAACUCUUAUUGGAAACAAAAUAAGGCAUAUAUCAGAAUUUCGAUCAUUACUUGAUGCUCUACCACGACUGAAGUUUUUGGAUUUGAGUGAAAACUUCCUUCAGGAUAUUCCGAGGGGUGCACUUCGCGGACAUCCGAGUUUAGAACGCCUGCAUUUGAAUAAAAAUAAUAUCAAUUUUAUAGAAACCGAUGCCAUCGUAGCUAUGCCUGCAUUAAGAGAAUUGCAUUUGAGUAAUAAUUCACUGAGUGAUAUUAGCGAAGGACCAUUCUGGAAUCUUCCUACCUUAAAAGGAUUAGAUCUGUCUAAGAAUUAUUUUCAACGCCUUCAGCCGAAACUAUUUUAUAAUUUACCAGCUUUACGAAGAAUAAAUUUAAGCGAUAACCAAAUAGCCAUAAUUGACCCAAUAACAUUCAUGGAGGCUCCUCUGUUAGAACAUAUUAAUAUCUCUGGUAAUGCGCUUAUCUCUGUGCAUCCAGCUACUUUUAGAAAUCUGGUAAAUUUAUAUGAGAUUGACGCAAGUUCCAACAGAUUAGUCGAAUUCCUACCGGGUCUUCCUCGUGGCUUGGAGCAACUGUAUUUGCAGAAAAACCAAAUAACAAAUUUACCCGCACCUCCCUCUCCGGAUUUAGAUCUUCCAACUCUGAGAACAUUGGAUAUUUCUAAUAACGGUAUUCAAAAGAUACCGUAUGGUGGAAUGAAGACAUUGCACAAUUUACGAAGGCUUUUUAUGAAACGAAAUGGUUUGAAACUGGUUGAAGCUAUGACAUUUAGCGAUUUACAGCACCUAGAAUUUUUAGAUAUAAGUGAAAAUCAAAUAAUGUCGGUACAUCCGCGAAGUUUCGAUAAGCUGACUGAAUUAAAGCAAGUAAACUUGCAUGGAAACAAUAUGGAAAAUUUUGAUUUUAUCGCGAUCAAAGAUAAUGUAGCCCUAUCAGCUAUAGAUUUUAGUAAAAAUCGUUUAAAAAGUAUAUCUCCUAGUAUAAUAAAACAGGCAGUGGACGUGGAAAUAUUGAACAUUUCCUCAAACAACUUAUAUGAAUUGCCCAGCAGCCUUAAUAUGUUGUCGAAUUUAAAGGUAAUAGAUAUUAGCAAUAACCACUUGAAACACUUUGACGGAAAUUCCAUUAAUAAUAUACAAACUCUUAAAGAAAUAAAAAUGCCAAGCAACAAGAUAGUUGAGUUACGCACUGGUACAUUUAAAAAUCUAAAGGACUUACAAAUUAUUGAUUUAGAUAAUAAUCAGAUUGAGGUGAUACAUCCUCUUGCAAUUACAAAUCUGCCGAAUCUUAUAUCGAUUUAUUUGAGCAGAAAUCAUAUAAUCGAUUUACCAGACAGAGUUUUUUCUAAUCUUAAUAGAUUAAAGAUAAUGGAACUGCAAGGGAACCGACUGCAAUUUAUUUCUAUGAGGGCGUUUGAAAAUUUGCCUUAUGUUCAGUAUUUAAACCUAAGUAAUAAUCAACUGACCAACCUGGAAAAUUCCGGCAUCAAGCAAUUAACAACACUAGAAGUUUUAGAUCUUAGUUAUAAUAAAUUAACUAUGGUCACAAAGGAAUCAUUUCAAUACAUGGAAUGGCUCGUUGAACUCAAUCUAGAUAACAACCAUAUUUGCUCCAUACAUGGUCAUCCUUUUGAUUUUAUGCCGAGAUUGAAAGUAUUAUCUAUACGACAUAAUAAAUUAACGACUGUAUUUGAAAAUAAUUUUAUGAAGCUAAGACAUAAUAUUGCAAUUUUUGAUAUUGAUGGCAAUCCGAUCAUCUGUAAUUGUGGGAUAAUAUGGUUCAAAGCUUGGCUCUCUGAGUCAUCUUCAAUAGGUCCGAGAUGUGCGGAUGGUACAUACGUGAAACAGAUGCCUUUCGAUAGAAAUGACUGCAAAAAUAUUCCAAUUGUUAACGACGAAAAGAGAUGUUUGACUCAUGAAAAUGAAGCAUUGCUUCCAAAUUUGGCAACAUCACAGGUGUUUUCCUCCCUCGAUAAAAUAAAGGAUUAUGCUACACAUAUAGAAAACAAGUAUCAUGCAAAUAAAAUAAACAAUAAACCUUCCCCAGAAGAAUCAGAUUAUUUUUAUGAUGACUAUGUGGACUAUCCUUACAAUGAAACAUUGAUUGAUUACAAUAAUAUCAAUCAAACAAACAAUAUUAAGAAAUUCGGGAAUACGCCAACUUUAUAUGCUGCCAUGAAUAAUGUAACUGAUAAAAAGGCGAGUACCAUAAAGCCCCCUGAAUCAACAUCUAAGAGUGGAUUUACCUUCUUUGGUUUGCCUAUACCUUCUAUAGACAUGGGAAAAUUAUUGAAUACAGGCAGAAAAAUAGAUUGGUCUGAUAAGAAAGGUCCAGAGCCCUACAAAAAGUAUCCUGUAACAGAACAACCGAAAUUUGAAACUGGGGGUUUCACACCUAUGCUCCCUCCUACAUCUGGUGGAUUUUUACCCAUACCACAUCCUACUAAUGUAAAUGCUACGAAAAUGGUAGUGAGCGAUGGAGGUAAAAUAAGUUAUGCUAAUGUAGGAACAGUCAAUAAAAGUUUUAUGGCAUAUGAUAAAGAACCACCAGUGAAUACUGUUAAAAAUAGCACAACACAUAAGAAAACAAAAAGUGAAGUCCAUGAGGUACAAGCUUAUUUAGAUAAUGAUAAUAGCACCCAUAUAGCAUAUAACAGAACAAAGAAUGUAGAGGAGCAAAACAGUGAUCCAACCAAUUUAAGUAAAUACAAUAUGAUGGAGUCCAACUUCACAAUAACACAUGUAACAGAAAAGGAAGGAAUUAUAACUACAGAUACAAGUAAUGAUAUGUUGCUACCAACACGGCUGGAUACAACUAGUAGUCCCAUUCCAACUCCUGGUUCAAUAACAAAGCCUCAAAUGAAGAAGCAUAUUGAAAGUCAGCCUACAGCUUUAUCUGCAGUUCUCUUACAAAAGGAUGAUGAUUUGAAAUGGAAUAACAGUAGAGCAGCAACAAUAACUAAGGUCAAUAUGCCCCAUGCAGAACAUUAUGAUUUACGCACUACCUACUCUCCAGUUAUAAACAGAGAAGCAAAGACUAGGUUUUCAGAAUUUGAUAAUACUAAAAUUAAAUCACUACAUGAGGCUGACAAGGAAUGGUAUUUUAAAAACUAUAAUAAGUCUAAUUUAGAACCUUACAUAGCACCAGGUAUACAUAAAUCAAGAACAUCAAAAAAUGUUAUAUCAAAACCAUAUAUUGUUUUAAGCAUUAUACUUUGUACAUUAACAUUGCUGCCUUAAUAUAGAUUAAACAAUG